CUUACCAAUGUACUCCUUCAGGUCAAAGCUGAGAAGAUCUCCCAUCCUCCUUCUAACUUUGGUGAUCUCAAGAAACUGCCCUUCGGCUCCCUUGAUCCUACUGGAGACUACGUCAUAUCAACACGUGUUCGCCUUGGUCGUACCCUAAAGGGUUUUCCUUUUGCUCCUGUGAUCACCAAGGCAGCUCGGCUUGAGCUGGAGGAGAAGGUAUGCGACCUUAAAGGACCAGCUUCAGUACUCUUUAUUGAAGGGCAAAUUAUUUCGACUGUCUUGAAAAGCUUUACUGGCGAAUUUGAAGGUACCUACUACCCUCUGACUGGUAUGAAGAAAGAGGACCAGGAUCAGCUUGUCAAGGACCAUUUCCUCUUUCGUGAUGAUGACAGCCUUCUCCAACUAUUGACAAUUGGCGAAAUUGAGGGAAAAUUUUAG